GAAGUCUGAAGACAAUCGUGCAGACCCCAUCUCUCGUGGCGAGGUGGGAAUGGACGAGGAUCGACUCCAUAUUACGUUUCAGCUCCCUUUGGAGCUCAAGGAAUUUUUGUCCUAUGUAUAGGAUCCGUUUUCGUCGUGCAUCUGCCAGUGCAGAUGCUCCCCAAUCUGGAGGGCUGUCCCUGGCAUCGACAAGUCUGCCGCACCCAGUUGGUGGUAACAGUGUGCCGUCAAAAUCGCCUGACCCUACUUUGAAGUCUCCUCGUGUCAAGAAAGGUUCAAGCAUUGAACCUUCUGACUUUAGGCCGCUCCGGUUGGCGUCGCAGCGAAUUCCGUAUUGGAAAACACCGUAUUCAAUCAAUUCCUUUGCUCUCCUAUCGUCUAUCUAUCCCCAGCAUCUAAUAACAGCUUGGAAAGAUGUAAUGCUGGCUUCAGUAACAGAAGAUACGUUGAAGAACUAUGGCGCUGGUCUCCUGCGCUUUACUCAGUUUUGCGACAAGUUUCGAAUUCCGGAGGAUAAAAGAAUGCCUGCCGAUGAUACGUUGCUAUCGAUUUUUGUCGCAGAAAUGGGAGCAGGCAAAGUUAAAAAGUCUACCAUCGAUACUUGGAUUGAUGGGAUUAAACUAUGGCAUGAGUAUAACAAUGCCCCGUGGUUAGGAGGUGAUAUGCUACUGCGAACAAAAAAGGGUGCUGAUACGCUCGCCCCCCAUCCUUGUCCCGAAGAACCAAAAUUACCCGUCACUCAAAAACAUAUUGAUACUUUACACAAGCAUCUGGAUCUCUCAGACCCCUUCGACUGCGCUGUAUGGGCUGCCGCGUUGACUGCAUGGAAAGGUUGUACGAGGCUCGGAGAGAUUCUGUUGGCGUCACCUUCUCAAUUUGAUCCAACACGUAACGUUUUACGCCGUUCUCCACGGACAACUGGAACAGCCGCUAACAAUCAUUCUUGGAUUAGCAUUUUUAUUCCCUACACGAAAACGAAAAAAUACCAAGGCGAUUGGGUCACCUUGACAUCGGCUGCAGACCCAACUGAUCCCUUGAGCGCGAUUCAACAUCAUCUCGAUGUCAACUCCGAUAUCCCUGACGAUGCACCGCUAUUUGCCUUUCGUUCGGGAGAGACUGCGUGGACCGCACUCGACAGAAAAAAAUUCAUGACUCGCUGCAACUCCAUUUGGGAAGCAGAAGGGUUGCAGACCGUACUAGGACACAGUUUCCGGAUUGGUGGAGCGACUUUCCUGCUCCUGUCUGGUGUCGACCCCUGGGUGGUCAUGAAACAAGGCCGAUGGUCAUCAAAAGCUUUCCUCAGAUAUUGGCGAAGUAUUGAAGAGAUCUUGCCUUUAUUCAUCGGUGAUUCUUUAGAUAACUUUCGCUCUUUAAAAGAAUCCAUGUCUAGGUUAGCAUCUAUUAAUGUAUAGUUGGGGAAGUCGGAUCCCAGAGGAUUCCGACUGUUGAUCUCUCAUCCUUCGAGAUCUUCUUGGGGGGAUUCGUAAUCCUCUGGAUUCUCGUUCGCAGAGAGAGGCUGUUACAUAGUACGUGCAGCUUCUCUCACCCCCUCUUCAAGGAUAAUUUAACGGAAGUGGCUUUGGCAGCACAGUGGACGUUAACACCAGUAAUUCU